AUGGUGGAAGUCAUGGUGGAUGCAAACCUCGAGGACAGCCCGGUCUCUAACGGGCUCGAUUGGGACAAAUUGUUCAAAAUGGCCGAAGACCUGGAUCUUGACGAGGUUACACGUGGCCCAAUCGAAAAUGCGUUGGUGCACCUCGAAGGAAAAGAAGUCCACAAACUUUCGGCGAUACGAAAUCUUGGCGAGCUGUUUCAAAGCGAAGGCGAGGACGCGAUCCAGAGAGUGCUGCCAGCUGUUCAGCGAGCACUACUAGAAGAACGAUCAAAUCUCGAUCUACAUUGCGAAGCUGCCAUUGUUUUUAAGGGAAUCAUCCAGAAUGACAAGCUGUGCAGUAGAUUUCCUGGUCUCGUUGAUACUAUGCUGCAAAAUGUUCUGGAAAAUGUUACAGGACAACGCGACAAUUUAAGUGCUGCAGCAUGGCUAGAAACGCUGGUGGACGUUGCCGAACGAGUGUCUGUCGAGUCCGUGAAACAAUAUAUUGUACCAGUUGUCCAGCAACAAGCCGAACCGGCGCAACGAGUUCAACGUCGAAUAAUCGCGACCAAGUUGUUACAUAAACUUGCGGAUAUUCUACCAUCUAACGAAGUACGCAAAGAACUUGGUCCUUGUGCACAAAUUCUCUGCCAGGAUACCAAUUCUAAUGUGCGGACAUCAAUGGCUCAACGAUUACCUGUGAUCGCUAGAGCGUUAAAAAACCCCACGGACGUUGUUUCGCUGUUGUUGCCGUGUUUUGUGCAGUUAUAUCAGGACGAUGACAUCACCGUUAAGGAAGCUUGUAUGAAUAACAUAGCGCAAUGUAUACCACACUUUACCAACGAAGCCAAAAAGACUACGGUAUUUCCGUUGAUUAAAAAAUCGACAGAGUAUAGCCUUGAGAAGCACGACGACACUUUAAUGGUUAUUGCGAAGAACUUCGGUGAAUGGUGUUUUGUACUGAAAGAGGUUCUGGAUAAGUUGGAUCUAUGUUGGGUACUGAACACGUACUGUAAAAUUGGUCAAAUUGCACAAGCUGAAGGGGAGAACACCACACAACAAAUGAUGUUCACCAUGUGUCGAAGAAUGUCUGCAUUUAACCUACCGUGUAUGGUGGAAAUGUUCCCGAAAUCGUUCGAUCGUCUUCUACCAUUUGUCGAAUCGUUCGCAACCGAUGCAGAUGAUGAAGUUCGGCUGUCACUGGCAGCAUCUUAUCACGAGAUUCUCACACAGCAUUCAACGAAGCCCGAACUUUUGCAGCCGUUCAUUGACUUACUCCGUGGUGGAUCGGCAGAGGUUGUGGCGAAGUUGACCUUCAAUAUGGAUAAAAUUUUGCCGAUUCUUUAUAAGUGUGCAUCCACAUCUCACGGAAAUAUUAAAGUUACAACAGUACAACUAGAUCGCAUAUUGAUCGGAUGCAACCAAGUUCUACGUGGAACAGGUUCAUGGAGAAGUCAUGCAGCCUUACUGGAAAAUAUGAGUGUUUUGAAAAGCUGUUUAUCGCACGCUCAGUUAGCAGACACGUUCAUACCUAUGUUGCAAAGGGAAGUCUUGCAAGCGCGUGCUAUUCCUUGCCGAGUGGCGGCUGUGAGUACAUUGCUGCAAUUUAUGAGGGAACAACCUGAGAAAAAGAAGAGAGAGGAGACUAUCGACUUUUUCAGAAUAGAAGUAGCUGGACAUUCAAGCUGCUAUCGGCGAAUGGUUUAUCUGGAUGUUGUAAUGAAUGUGCUAAAAUUAUUCAGUCGAAAAUUUUUCAUACAAUAUUUCCUGGAUAAAUUGCUAGCACUUGUCCAAGACAAAGUUUCUAACGUUAGAAUAAAGGCAAUUCGAUUACUACCUCUGGUUAAAAAGCAUCUCAUUCUUCCUGAUGACGAUGGUGUACUUCUAUCAUUGGAAAAGGCUGUACGAGAGGCACUAAGUGCGGAAAAAGACUCCAGAAAUCGACAGUUCCUGCAAACGGCCGCUUGUGAGCUGUCUAGAACAGAGACGAGGGCGAAAGGUGAUAAAGAGGAUGCAGCUCGCGAAAAGGAAGAAGAGCGGUUGUGGAAUGAGAAUAAGGUUAAAGAGAAGCAAACAACGAAACCGUCAUCCAGCCCAAGGAAUGUAAAGAAAGAACUCUCCGUACCGAAGUCGCCAGAAUCUCGAUCUAAAUCACCAUGGAGAACUCAACGUCGAGCCGUCGCAGUUGUUCGUCCACAACCUGUUGUGGUUAUGAGGUCGGCCAGCCCCGUGCCAAAGCCUAACGAUGGUGGUAGACCAAGCCGUCUGCCAUUGAGUACAGCCGCGAGGGAAAAAGAGAAGGAGACGUUGAAAAGAGCUGCUACCGAGUCUGCAUUGCCGCGUCCACCAUCACGUACUCCAUCUUCAUCUUCACGAAAUACCAUGAGUACCUCUACUUCAUCACUGGAAACAUCGUCUCCGUCGCCUUCGACAAAUGGUCCAUCUGGCCUCCGCAGAUCUGCUACUACCACCACAGGAUUCGGUACAUCUUCGUCUUCCUCUUCUUCAUACUCGCUUAUGCAUUCAAGAUCCACGUCGAACCUACGUCGACCAUCCUAUUCUCUUUCGCGAGUUUCUAGCCAUAGUACCUUAGAGAGGAAGCCCGCACAUCUAUCCAUGAAAGUGCGAGCAUUGGAUGCUUGA